GUCACAAACGGCGACGAGGCCUACCAAAGUGGCAACUUGGUGAAUUUCACACUGUACUGUCUGAUCGCUCGCCGCCGCGGCCGCUCUCCCGCCGGCGCCGCCCCCCUCCGCCGCCGCCAUGGGGAAGUUCCGCAAGCUGGGCCGCCACGCCGCCCACCGCGUCUCCAUGCUCAGGACUAUGGUGUCGCAGCUGGUGAAGCAUGAGCGGAUCGAGACCACCGUCGCGAAGGCGAAGGAGGUGCGGACGAAAGCGGAUCAGAUGGUGCAGCUCGGCAAAGAGGGUACGCUUGAUGCAGCAAGACGUGCCUCAGCCUUUGUUCGGGGUGACAAUGUUGUUCACAAGUUAUUCACAGAACUCGCCUACCGCUACAAAGAUCGAGCUGGUGGAUAUACAAGACUACUGCGGACUAGGAUACGGGUUGGCGAUGCUGCACCAAUGGCAUACAUUGAGCAUUCAAAAAAAAAAUCAUCCGUUUCUUUCACUAAAUCAAGAAUUGCAGAAGGUUUGUCGACCGGGAGAAUGAACUUCGAGAGGCAAAACCUGCAACACCACAGCCACCUCAGCGGGUCCCUCUUGAUCCAUGGACCAAGUCACUCGCCAGCAAACAAUGGGCAGGUCCUAAAAUCAGCCAGAACUCCGGAGCAGAAGGCUUAUGACAAACCAGAGCGUUCUCUAGCUUUAUUUUAUGUUGUUGAGAGGUUCUUUUGAUCUUUAGAACAUGAAUAACAUUAUGCAAGAUACUUGUUCUAUAUGAUAAUUCUGUUAGCGAUCAAUGUCUGUUACAAAUCCAUGUUCACUAAUCGUUGUCAGAGUGGAGUUUCACCCUCUAAUA